CACCAGUGCCUAGCAUUGUUCCCAUCAGUGCUGCCCAUUAGUGCCACCAGUCAGUGCUGUCAGUCAGUGCCGCCUAUCAGUGUCCAUCAGUGCCUUCUUAUCAAUGCCCACAAGUGCCGCCUCAUCAGUGCCACCUCAUUAGUGCAGCCUAUUAGUGCCCAUCAGUGCUGCCUAUCCAUGCCACCUCAUCAGUGCCCACCAGUGCUGCCUAUCAGUGCCCAUCAGUGCUGCCUAUCAGUGCACCCUCAUCAACGCACAUCAGUG